ACUGGCAUUAAAACACGCGAAGAAGAAGAAAAAGAAGGCGUUAGCUUCUCUCCAAGAUGGCUGCGACCAUCGACAACAGCGAUGCCGUUCAGGCGACCAAGAGAAAGCACCUCGGGAUCCCCGAAGCGGUGUUUGUGGAGGACGUGGACUCUUUCUUGAAGCAGCCGGGCAACGAGACGGCCGACGCAGCACUGAGGAAGCUGGACGAACAAUACCAGAAGUACAAGUACAUGGAGCUCAACCUGUCCCAGAAGAAGCUCAGGUUGAAAAGCCAGAUCCCACAAAUCAUUCAGACGCUGGAGAUCCUCCGACACAUGCAGAAGAAGAAGGAGACCACGGCGCCCAUGCAGACCCACUUCAUGCUGGCCGACAACGUUUACUGCAAGGCCUCGGUGCCCCCCACCGACAAGGUCUGCCUCUGGCUGGGGGCGAACGUCAUGUUGGAGUACGACAUUGACGAGGCCCAGGCGCUCCUCGAGAAGAACCUGUCCACGGCAUCCCGCAACCUGGAGACACUCGAGGACGACCUGGACUUCCUGCGAGACCAGUUCACCACCACCGAAGUCAACAUGGCACGCGUCUACAACUGGGACGUGAAGAGACGGAGCAAAGAGAACAUCCUCAAGUUAGCAGACAAGUCUUAAUACCAACAGAGCAACACACACACACACACACCUCUGCUCAGCAUCUUCUCCUUUAAGAAAUCUACAAACCACAGAGCUCGGCGGAUAAGAGGGCGCGUCAAAAGUGUGUGUGCUUGUUCUUAUCUCCCUCGGGUGGUUAAAUCAAGCACGCAUCCUUAACUCGGUGUCAUCUUGAACCCUCUGAAGUCAAACUGUUCUUGUUCAUUUGUUACAGUAUUUUUUUCAAGUAAAAACUGAGGCAGCAAGGCCAUUUGUUUGUCGUCUUUUGAAUGAUUUCAGCGUGUGAGAUUCUCUUGCGUCGCCUUCUUCUGUCUCCUCUCACCAGUCUGCUCCACCACGACGUUCACGGGAAAGGUUUUGUUUUUUUAUUUGUUGCUUAACUGUUGAAAAUCGUUGUGUAGAAAUCACACUCGGUAGAAUCCGGCUUGCAGGAGGACGACGAUCACAAGUGAGACGAGUUGUGCUUCAGGACGGUAGUCCUGCUCUUCCUGGUCCUGCUCCUCCUGGCCGCUGUUCUGUCUGUAUUUAUUUUUCUCCCUGUAUUCAUUAAGCAUUGAAUGAAGUAAAGGAACAUUUGCGCAAAGAGA